AUGACAUUUGUAUGCUUCGUGUCAUAGUUAUUAUUAUUACCUGAGGAGCUAAUGCCCAAAGAACAAGGUCAAUUAACCUAUCACACUUCGCCCCAACCGACCAAGGGUAAGGUAACUAAACAACUCCAUGCAAAUCGCCCAACCUCACUCAGUUUUUGUCUCAUCAUCACCCAGACCUUGCAGACUCUACCACUUAAGACGAACAUUGAGUGUUUAAUAUUAGCGCCCAGAUCCAGUGAGGUUUCUGAAAUGCAAGUACUGUGUGGACCUAACCCAAACUGGAUGGGCUCCCUUUUAACUGUCUGCCAAUUCACACUCCUUCAAUUAUAAAGACCAAGCUCCACCAUUUCCUAUCUCCUUAAAAUGCCUCGUCAUCAAAUGAUGCCCAGAAUCAAUAAACCUGAGUGUCAAACGCCGAUAGUCGCCAGAAAACGCCAGGCACCCGAAGACAAAGGGACACAUGUUAAGCAAGUGAAGAGAGAGCAAGAGGAACAACGACCGAGACCCUACCGUAGGAGCGCGCGCCUAAGCAGUAAAAACGCCCCUGAGCCUCCCACCUGCAUCCACAACCGAGAACAGAGUACAAAACCAAAUCAUAAACGACCUUGUGAAGAUCAAGCGCCCUCCUCCCUCAAACGACCUCGAUUGUCUACGAGCCUAGCUAUUGAAUAUAUUUUUGUGGAAAAGAAACGUGAUAUUGCUAGCUGGAAGAAGGUUGACCUGAUCGGAUAUUGGUGCAAGAACAAUCGCUGGCCUAUAGACUAUUUCGAAGCACAGCCUGGAGAAAACAUGAGCCACCUACUUGCAAAGAAAAAGUCAACGGCUUCUGUUCGCUGCAAGAACUCAACCUCGAGUCUCGCUACGGGCUCCAACACACCCACUGAUCAAGAAUCGAGAGAUGGAAAGAGCGCCAAAUACAGAAGCGCUACCUAUGAGACUCUCCUUGCCACCAAGGGCAGCUUUAUGGCUGAAUCCGAACUUGAAGUAACAGAAAACAGCAAAGAGAUUUGCAGGACACUACUUGAUGAGAAACAGAUGAUUCCUGAAGGCACAAUAUUUCAGAAUGAUCGGUUCCGGAAGGCUUGUCAAAAGCUACAGACUAAAAAUGAAUCAAGGGUUGUUCAAGAUAUAUCUCGGUUGAUUGUCCCUUCGGCAGAGACAUUUGCUACAUGUGGCGCUAAGAAUUUAGAGUGUUUGACUGAAAGUGUCAAUGAACAGUGGGCUUCCUCCAUUGCCUUCUGUGGACCACGCCCGCAGCCUGAUUAUGCGGUUGGCUUCAGCCGUUCUGCAUUCACAGAAGACCAGCUGAAGAAGUUUGAGCCAUUCCUUGGCUACGACCUGGAUUCCUACAGCUCCUUCUUCCUAGCCACCUUCUACAUGUACUUUCCCUUCUUGACCAGCGAGGUGAAGGGUACCGUUGCACUUGACAUUGCUGACCGGCAGAAUGCACACAGUAUGACUCUUGCUGUGAGGGGUGUUGUUGAGCUGUUUAAACUGGUGGGACGGAAAGAAGAGGUCAAUCGCGAGAUCUUGGCUUUCUCAAUCUCACAUGACCACAGGACAGUGAGAAUCUACGGCCACUAUGCUGUGAUUGAGGGGAACAAGACUUCCUUCUACCGUCACCCCAUCAGAAUGUUUGACUUCACGGAGCUUGACGGCAGAGAGAAGUGGUCUGCUUACACAUUUACAAGGAAUGUAUAUGAGAAGUGGGCGCCAGAUCAUCUGAGAAAGAUCCACUCUGCUAUUGAUGAGAUUCCUCCUGGAGUAAAUUUUGAUGUUUCACAGUCAGAAUUUGAACUCUCUCAAUCAAGCGUCUCAUCUUUUUUGAAUGAGGAUAACAGUCAAGAAAUCUGUGCACUCUCAGCAGAAGUUACACUCAAUACGUCAUUCACUCAGCAGACGCAGGUAUUGAAGCGGCCACGGAGGCAGAAAUAG